UACGACAGCCGAAAGACAUCGAUCGUCACUGGGAAAAGGGACAAGCUUCAUGCCGCGGACUGACUAGCCUCGGCGGGAGUGAUGAUCUGGGCCCCUUUUCAUGUUCGCGCCACGAUUGUUUGAUGGGCUCGGUGCAGCUGCCGCUGCCAAUAUUACAUGCGCGCCAAUCAUGUUUCGUGUUGCAACACGCUAGCAGCGAUCUUCAGCCACAGGCAGACGCAUCGGUCGCAGCUUCCAUGGUCGAGUGCAACCAAUACUGUCGGUCGUGACGUGUGACGUCUGAAAACAUCAUUUCAUUAGCCCUCUGUUGACUACAAUCUAUCCGUGUCAGUUUCAUCUUCCUCUCCUUUCUGAAUUUUCAACGUCAAUCCACGCGCAACGAGCACCAAUUCCAGCGUCGCAAUGGCGCAACAAGGCGAAGCAGCGGGUUACUACACUGGCGCACCACAACAGCCACAACAAGCCUAUCAUCAGGGCCAGCAAUACGGACAGCAACCGCCUAUGAACUAUGGCCAACAACCUCCGCAGUAUGGCAACAACUACGCUCCUCCCCAGGGUCCACAACCCUCACAACAUCCACUCGCGCAACAGAAUGGCUAUGCGCAGAUGAACUAUGGCGAAAAGCCGAGCUUCGACCAAGCCUUCAAGAUUGAGAGGCCGAAGUACAACGAUUGGUGGGCUGGCCUGCUACUCAUCGCGGUAUUUCUGGGGUAUGUUGCUGUAUCUGGGCUCGCAAUCAGAGGAUAUGCGCAAAACAUUAACUUCAACGGUGGAAUCUACGGCAGCCAAAAUGACUUUGGGCUAGACUCAAACACAGUCAUCCUAUUCGCGUUUGUCCUCGGCAUGGCCACCAUCCUCAGCUACGCCUACAUGUGGGCAGCGCGCGCCUUCACAAAGCAGUUCAUCUGGAUCACCGGUAUUCUCAACAUUAUCUUCGGAUUCGUCACGGCCCUCUACAUGCUCUCGCGCCGUUACUGGUCUGGUGGUAUUGUCUUCCUGCUAUUCAGCGUCUUCUACGUGAUCUGCUUUAUCAGCUGGAUUCCUCGCAUCCCCUUCAGCGUCCUGAUGCUGCAGACCGCGAUUGACGUCUCGAAGAAGUACGGCCACGUGUACUUGGUCUCGCUCAUUGGAGGACUGAUCGCAAUGGCGUUCAGCGCCUGGUUCUCGGUCACUCUUGUGGCGAUCUAUGCAAAUUACCACCCUGGCAAUAACCCUGCGUGUGACAACGGGACUGGAGGUUGUGGCAAUGGCAAGGUCAUUGGCCUAAUCGUGUUCGUCACUUUCGCCAUGUACUGGUUCUCUGAAUGGCUCAAGAACACCAUUCACGUUACUAUUUCUGGCGUUUAUGGCUCCUGGUACUUCAACCCUGACAACGAGAAGUUCCCCAAGGGAGCGACCCGCGGCGCCUUGAAGCGAGCCUUGACCUACAGCUUCGGCAGCAUCAGUCUGGGGAGCUUGCUCGUGGCCAUUAUCCAAUUUUUGCGACAGUUGUGCUCAGCCGCCCAGCGAUCGGCUUCCGGAGACGGCAACCUGGUUGCCUCGAUCUUGUUCUGCGUUUUUGGAUGUCUCAUUGGCAUUCUGGAAUGGGCUGUCGAAUUCUUGAAUCGUUAUGCAUUCUCGUACAUUGCGCUUUACGGCAAGGCGUACAUUGCAGCUGCUAAGGACACCUGGAAGAUGAUCAAAGACCGCGGUAUUGAUGCCCUUGUUAACGAAUGCCUCAUCGGCCCGGUCCUCUCCAUGGGCGCAACAUUUAUCGCAUAUGCGUGUGCGCUGCUCGCAUACCUGUACCUGAUCUUCACGUCGCCCGCAUACAACCAGGAUGGCGGCUAUACUCCCGUUGUGGUCGCAUUUGCGUUCCUUAUCGGUCUGCAAAUUUGCAAGAUCUUCACUACUCCGUUGAGCAGUGGCAUUGACACGAUAUUUGUCGCAAUGGCUUGGGAUCCGGAGGUUCUUGUCCGCGCUCACCCGGACCUUUAUCACCGCAUGGUGGCUGUGUAUCCUCACGUGCAGCAGGCUAUUCAUGCGUAGAAUUUGGAAUCGGAGGCUGGAGGCUUGAAGAAGAGGCUGUAAUAAUGGGUGGGGCUGGUGGUAAUGAGAUUUUUCAAGAUCAGAUCACGAUACACGCACGGUACGUACCUGUAGCAAUCG